GAGGAUUCGGUGGGGCAACAUGCGACAUCAAUGGCAUUGUGCCGUCAUCGCCAUCCAAGUUCGUUUUAAUAAGUAGAAGCCAUUGUGUAACCGCAAGUUCGGUCCAUAACUCCAUGGUCUCUGGAGUUCAAUAAAUCCUAAGUCACUAAAUGGAAGGAGAAAGAGCCCAGCAAGCGUUGCCGCCUGACAACCGCCCACGGCGUGUCCGUUCUCGCUCACACGGGGAUAUCAGAGAUGUCCGCAACAAUAACACCCCGAACAGGAUAUACGCGGGACAUGGCAAUAGUAGCACAUCGUCCGCAUCACCACGUUCACCAGCGCCUUACGCCUCCCAUCUGCGCGAAAGCUCAAGAACUUCGUGCAAUAAUGGCACGGGCAGACUGCCCCAGCCAGCAAGUCGGACUCCUUCGCCAUCCCCAACCCGGCAGAGGUACCAACCGCCACAAGCUCUUCCAGCGGCCAGCAUUCCGGAUCACUCGAGGCGCUCAUUAGAGUCCCUAAUAAGGCCCACGGUGCUAGCCGACCGAUGGAGCUACGACCGCGAGCGGAUGCCGUCUCCUCCGCCUCUGGGGACACACAUCUCACAGCCGGGCACACCCAGCACAGAUGGGGACGUGUCUGAAUUCGGCUUCUCCAUACCAGCCAGCACGUUCACCGGCUCGCAACCGUCCAGCAGACCGCAGUCGCUACUCUUGGUAGACACGACCCCGAGUACCGACCCAUGCGGCUCCUCCCUGCAUCAUCGUGUUAGACCAAGCAGUCCCACGUUGAUGGUCACUCCACCUCCAGAAUCAUCAUCAUCAGCGCCCGAACAGUACUCCGAUCUAAAAGGCGACCAAACGCCACAGCGGCUGGGGAGGCGGUCCUUCCAUUCCCUCACGUCUGCCGAAAUGGAGAUACUCUCGCACCCACCGCCAGCACACCCACCCAUGUCUGCAGCAGCGGCAGCAUCACAACGCUCACUAUCAUCGCGGUCACCGGAUACAGUAGUAGCAGCAGCAGUAGCAUCGCCCAAUUCAAAACAGAACGGCCACUCAAAAAGGGAGCUGACGAGUCCAACCUGGGAAAGACAGGGGCGAGCUCGAGCGGACAACCACGGUGGUGAUGGCGAGGAGGAGGAGGAGGAGGAGAUGACAGGCAAAGGUUGUUGUCUGGGACUGUGUGAGAUCGGGACGGCGCAGCGUAUCGGCGGUACGUGCGGGGCGUGGUUAAUGGGCACGCUUCUGCCCAUCGCGUUUGGGACCGUGUUGAAAUGCGCUGGCCAUCUUUUUGCUGGGUGUCCGUCUUAAUAAUGACUAAUGAGGGCGGGUUUGUCUCGAAGAAACAUGAGGGUAAAUGAAGCCCCGUGUAAGCGGGGGAGGGAAUAUAUGAAUUGAAACCAGGUUCGGGGGGGAUGUGACGAAGGCGGGCGGUCGGGAUUUGGGAUAUCGAAGGCCUGGAACUAAUUGCCCAUGCAUUUAAAAGUAUCAUGACAAGUCACGAC